GUUUUUAGGCCUUGAGGUGUAUGAUCAUGGUUUUGCUGCAGUUAAAGUACCCAUGGUUCAUCAAUGUUGCUGAUGGGGUUUCCAGACUGUGGGAGCUCAUAUUUUCUGCUGAUGCUACUUGAUAAGGAGUUUAAACCCCUGUUCAAAUUGUUAGAGACUCAGUCAGAUCCAUCUGGAAAAGCCCAUUCUUCUAACAACCUAAACCAUGUGAUGCAUGUAAAAAAAUAGACAUUGGCCAAAUGCAGAUUCUUGAGGAUGAAAUGAAUAUGAGCCUACUUAACUGGGGAAAGUUGCUUUCCUUUAUGCCUAGUGCUGCAGGUUCUAACGGUGGUUCUGAACAAGGGAUUCUUCCGGAAAUUGGCCUUGAGAGUUCAAUGCAGUUAUCAGGAUGUCCUCGUUGUUUUUCAUCUGUUGUUGAUGAAGUUUUUGGACAUGAGAAAGGGCCAUCCACAAUUAUAUUCUCUGUUAAAAAUAUCUCUUCAUAUAGUACAUCCCCUGCUUCUUAUUUUGGAUCUCCUCCAAUGAAUCUUUAUGCCAUGAAGGCUGCAACCCCCUCUCCUAAGUGGGACACAGGUAUGCAGAUAUCACAGAUAAAUAACGUUGCAAAAGUUUCUAGUAUGGACACCCAUUAUAUUGGUUCUUUGCAUUCCUCGAGCAAUUUGAAGGGUCCUUAACUAUCCAAAUCAGUCGGUUCGCUCUCUUCUGGUACAAGAAGGAGCACAACUAUGGAAAAACUAUCAGCCUCUAAAUCUGAGCAGGAUUUGGCAUCUCUUAGAUCUGGACAUUUGAUUGAGGUUGGUUCAUGUACCACAAUGGAUGAUGAUCAACCC